UGGACAACCCAACCAGCCUCUGGGGAGCAGGUGUGCGUGACCUCCGUACCCUUCGGUAGUCAGAAUAUGGAGAACUUUUCACUCCUCAGCAUUUCUGGAACUCGAAUCUCUUCCCCUGCCCUGAGCACUCUUCCUGAUUUUAUGUCCUCACGUGCCACCAGCUUGCCAGACAUCGCAAAGACUGUGUUACCCGCUGAGGUGUCCAGCCCAGUUCAGGCCCUGCUAGCCCAGUACCCAGGCAGCGUUCUCCGGCACGGGGUGCACAACAUAGUGCUCUCGCCAGAUUGCAUCUUGGGGGACUCCCCAAAUGGAGAGCAGCUGAGGUGGGACUGCACCAUCUACCGGCCCUGGUUCUCCCCUUACAGCUACUUCCUAUGCAAGGACAGAGAGAGCCACCUCGAGACCUACAGCUUCCCAGAGGUGCAGCGGGACGAGGGUCAGGGGGACAGCUGCCUCCCGGACGACACAGGCGAGAGCGUCUGCUCAUCCUCUCCCUCCCCAGAGAGCACCUGUCCCCGAGAGGCCACCAGGAAGUCCAGGCGCGGCCCAGACUCCACAGACUCCAUCACCUCCCAGGACAUCCUGACGGCCUCCAAGUGGCACCCGGCCCAGCAGAAUGGCUACAAGUGUGUGUCCUGCUGCCGUCUGUACCCGACACUGCACUCCCUCAAGAGCCAUAUCAAGAGGGGCUUCAGGGAGGGCUUCAGCUGCAAGGUGUACUACCGCAAGCUCAAAACCCUCUGGGGCAAGGAGCCGAAGGCCCGGCCGGGAGACAGGCUCUCCUUGGGCAGUGGCCAGGCCUUCCGGUAG